UUCACAUCCGAAUUGUCGUUGUCAUGCUGUCAAUUUUUUGAUUACUCACGAAGUUGCUGGUCAGUGCAUUUUAUUCUCAAGUAACCAUCAAAAAUAUAAAUAGUUUGUUGUUACACAAGUUUUAAAUCUAAUACUUCUAAGAUGUUCUUAACUCGUUCAGAGUACGAUCGUGGGGUGAACACAUUCAGCCCUGAAGGGAGGCUAUUUCAAGUCGAAUAUGCUAUAGAGGCUAUAAAACUCGGUUCUACCGCGAUCGGUAUUUCAACUUCUGAAGGAGUUGUUUUGGCUGUUGAAAAAAGGAUUACUUCGCCUUUAAUGGAACCAACGACUAUAGAAAAAAUUGUUGAAGUUGACAGACACAUUGCUUGUGCUGUUUCCGGAUUAAUGGCUGAUUCCAGAACUCUAAUAGAAAGAGCUCGUGUAGAAUGUCAAAACCACUGGUUUGUAUACAAUGAGCGUAUGAGUGUAGAGUCAUGUGCGCAAGCUGUUUCUAACCUGGCCAUACAGUUUGGCGAUAGUGAUGAUGAUAGUGGAACAGCUAUGUCUAGGCCAUUCGGAGUAGCUGUAAUGUUUGCAGGUAUCGAUGAGAAGGGGCCUCAGCUUUUCCAUAUGGACCCCAGUGGUACAUUUGUCCAAUAUGAUGCUAAGGCUAUUGGCUCUGGUAGUGAAGGUGCUCAACAAAGUUUGAAGGAAGUGUAUCAUAAGUCAAUGACCCUUAAAGAAGCAAUUAAGUCUGCACUAACGAUUCUGAAACAGGUGAUGGAGGAAAAGUUAUCUGAGAACAAUGUAGAAGUGGUUACAAUGACACCAGAGUCAAUGUUCCACAUGUUCACUCGGGAGCAACUUGCGGAGGUCAUUAAGGAUAUACCUUGAACUCUUAUACUAGGGACGGUGAAAGCAUGGUUUAGUGUACAGCUUUGUUUAUUUUAAUUCUUGGACAUAAGUCUAAACAUCAAAUAUAAAAAAUAAAAUAUAAUUUGAUAAAAAUAUACAUAAAAACUGAACCAUUUCCAUGCUGCAACUGUCCAUUUUAAGUAUGUUCCGGUAAUAUUUGAAGUAAAUUGUAUAAUUUGGAUAAGUAUUUCAGUAAUCAUGUAGUUAUGUAUUUACAUUCUUACUUAAAAAAUGUUGUUUAGUAUGUGUUUAGUUAAACACUGAUUUGUCCUUUUCUGACAUAAUUGAUUUUACAUUCUAAAUAGAAAGGUAGAGCAUUGUUUAACUGAUCACCCCCGAAGCAACAAUUAUAGGUGACACCAUUAAUUUGUAUGGUAUUAAGUAAAUUCUAUUAUGUAUUUUUUUGGAGUAACUAUGUAGAAAAUUGACAAUCAUAUGUUUUAUCAAUGGUUUUUUUAUCUGGCAACAUCCAGAUUCCAGACAAUAUUUAUAAGUGUAACACCACUUAAAAUGUUUUUCUAAUGCAAUUUAUUUUAAAUAUUACUCCGGUGAAGGAGUUUCUAAGAAUCUUAAAGUAAGUCUUUGAUGUUUAAUAAAACUUACAUCAAUA